UCUGUUACGUGACACACCCGGCUGCUACCGCACCUUUAUUUACAGCUCCUCCUCCUCCUCCUCCUCCUUGCGUUUCAUCUGCUAGCUCUCCCUGCCAUUCCAGUCAUUGGCAUUGUUGUUUCCUGUCCACUGACUCGCAGUUCAUCCCGGAUUCUUCUCCUCUUUCUUCGCCGCCGGCUAGCCGGUGUUCGCGCUCCGGCGGCAUCAGACAUGUCGAAGAAAAUCGUGGUGAAGCUGAACGUGCACGACAAGGCGGAGAAGCAGAAGGCCAUGAAGGCCGUCUCGGCGCUCAUCGGCAUCGACGAGCUGUCCAUGGACAUGGCGAGCCAGAAGAUGACGGUGAUCGGGAUGGUGGACCCGGUGAACGUGGUGAGCAAGCUGCGCAAGUCGUGGGCGGCGACCAUCGAGUCCGUCGGGCCGGCGAAGGAGCCGGAGAAGAAGGAGGAGAAGAAGGACGGCGGCGGCGACGGCAAGAAGGACGGCGGCGGCGACGGCAAGAAGGAAGGCGAGGCCGGGGACAAGAAGGACGGCGAUGCGGCCAAGAAGGACGGCGACAAGGACGGCGAGGCCAAGAAGGAGGACGGCGACAAGAAGCCGGCGGCGCCGACGGAGCAGCAGCUCUUCGCCGAGCUCAUGAACCAGUACUACCACCGGCCGGCGGCGUACGGCUACAACCCUUACAUGUCCGUGCCACCACACUACGUCGUGCAGAGCAUGGAGGAAAACCCCAACUCCUGCGCCAUCUGCUGAACUCGAUCGAUGCCGCCAUGGCUAGAGGUAGUAGCCGAGUACGUACACAGCAUGUGUAGUACUGUAUACGUCUACGUGUACGCACGAGUUACGACGCAAAUCACUAUGCAUGAAUGCAAGCAUGCUAGCUACUACAUGUCCAGUUACAUGGUUAAAAGUUGUUAUAUCUUACUACCGAGGUAGUAACUAGUUCUAAUGCUGUAAUUUUGGUGAUAAGGAAGAUAUGUAUGCACCAUAUGUCUGUAUAUACUACUCUCCGUAUAGUACGUGUCAACAGGCAGGAAAUCUUGAUAGUUUGGAACUUUGUCAUCCAAGAAAAUCAUAAUGUAAUCAUCUAUAGCUGCAGUUUUGUUUUUUUUUCUCAUGUGUAUAUAACUAUAUAUUGCGGUGUUUGUGUA